CUAAUCCAUCCAGGUCCACGUAACUCCCGCGAUAUUUUUUCAACAACGACUUUCACCAUCAUCAUCAUCAUCAUAUCUGAUUCUGAUUCUGAAACAGUUGCUGUACGCCAUGGAAGCCCUAAUCAGCUCAUCUUCUGCUACGAUCACGUCAUCCUCUUCUUCCUUUUCCAUUUUCUCUCCCAGAAAGACUCUCCCUUUGCGACCUGUUCAGCUCCCUCUCGCCUCCAAAGGAAACGAGAACGAAUCCAAUCCAAGUUCGGAUUCCAAAGACAUCAAAAACCUUACAGUUCUUAGCAAUCGCCAUCUCUCCCUCUCACCACUCUCCAAGGAUGCGGCAAUGGGACUGGUGAUGAGUGCGGCGACAGGACGAGGGUGGACCACAGGUUCCGGAAUGGAAGGGCCUCCUGCUCCUGCUGGGAUUCACACCCACUCAAGCACAGAGAAUGUCUCCACUUUUCCCUGGUCUCUCUUCACUAAAUCGCCUCGCCGUAGGAUGCUUGUAGCUUUCACUUGUAACAUUUGUGGGCAGCGGACAACACGGGCAAUUAACCCCCAUGCAUACACCGAUGGAACUGUCUUUGUGCAGUGUUGUGGAUGCAAUGCAUUUCAUAAGCUCGUGGAUAAUUUGAACCUGUUUCAUGAGAUGAAGUGCUAUGUGAGCCCAGGUUUUAAUUACAAAGGUAAUGGAUGGGAUGCUGUUAACUUCAAAUAUCUGGAAAUGGAUGAUGAUGAUGAGGAUGGCAUGUUUCCCAUCCAAUGAGGUGGAUGGACCACUCAAGGAGUAUGUAUAUUCUGCACCAAUGUGUUGGAACCUUUGAUUAGUCUUCACAUGUAUAUAUCAUUAUCUAGGUUUAUCCUUGUCAUCACAUUUUUAAAAUUCAGCAUUGGGUUGUCUAGAAGCUUAGUAAGAGAUGUUUGAACGGCUAAAAAGAUUACAGAUUACUCUUAUCUGGAGCUUAUGUAUAGUGUGUCUAACAAUGUGCAAAUCUUAAUGCAAUGCCUGAAUUUUGAAGCUUUA